AGGAAAUCAUAGAUAUAGCAAUCAAAGGCAUAAAUUGUUAUAUCUAUGAUACUACAAGUACAUACAAACAUACAUACAUAUCUGGAAAUGAGCAUGGAGAGUGUCUCGGUCAACCUCGUUGUUUUAGCAAUGUUGUUCAUGCUAUUAAGUCCUACAACAGCUGAUCCUGUCCUUGGCCGGAAAUUGGAAAUGCCGGAGAGAUACAACAUCAUACUAGAAGAAGCGGCCGCGCAGACGAGAGUCGGAGUAAAUAAGCAACUUGCAACACCUAUGGCUAUGGCUAAUAAUUUGAAGUGCUUGGAUGAGUACAUGGUUUGUGGGCAAUGGUUCCAACCAGAUUGUUGCUCUGGAUUAUACUGUGAAUGUGUGCAACUUACUAUUCCAGCUCAUCCCUACGUUAUGGAUUCGUGUGGCUGCUCUAAAAACUAGUGGACUCGUUUGUAUAUAUUUUGCUGCUUUUUAAUGUCUCCUUUGUAAUGCUUUCUUGCUUUCUGCUUAGUCUGUACACUACUUAUGUAAGCAGUGCACAAUAAAUAAAACUUCUAAUUCUGUUG